GCGGCAGCGGACUCACCUGCAGCAGGUGCUCAGAGGCCUGGAAGGAGCGCGCAGGCAGUAGCCAGGGAGAAGAUGCAGCGGGAGCGGACGGUGCGGCUGCAGUACGGGAGCCGCGUGGAGGCGGUGUACGUGCUGGGCACGCAGCUCUGGACCGAUGUCUGCAGUGCAGCCCCAGCAGGGGCCAAAACCUUCAGCCUGAAGCAUUCGGAGGGUGUACAAGUGGAGGUGGUACGUGAUGGGGAAGCGGAGGAAGUCGUCACCAACGGCAAGCAGCGCUGGGCCCUCUCUCCCAGCACCACAUUGCGGCUCACCAUGGCCCAGGCCAGCACCGAGGCCAGCAGCGACAAGGUCACCGUCAACUACUAUGAUGAGGAAGGGAACGCCCCCAUCGACCAGGCUGGGCUCUUCCUCACGGCCAUUGAGAUCUCCCUGGAUGUGGAUGCAGACCGGGAUGGCGAAGUGGAAAAGAACAACCCAAAGAAGGCAUCCUGGACCUGGGGUCCUGAGGGCCAGGGGGCCAUCCUGCUGGUGAACUGUGACCGAGACACACCCUGGUUGCCUAAGGAGGACUGCAGUGAUGAGAAGGUCUACAGCAAGCAAGACCUCAAGGACAUGUCCCAGAUGAUCCUUCGGACCAAGGGUCCUGACCGCCUGCCCGCCGGGUAUGAAAUGGUCCUCUACAUUUCCAUGUCGGACUCAGACAAAGUGGGCGUAUUCUACGUGGAGAACCCCUUCUUUGGCCAGCGCUAUAUCCACAUUCUGGGCCGGCAGAAGCUCUACCACGUGGUCAAGUACACAGGUGGCUCAGCAGAGCUGCUGUUUUUCGUGGAGGGCCUCCGUUUCCCCGAUGAGAGCUUCUCGGGGCUGGUCUCCAUCCACGUCAGUCUGCUGGAAUAUAUGGCUGAGGGGAUUCCCCUGACACCCAUCUUCACAGACACCGUGAUGUUCCGGAUUGCACCGUGGAUCAUGACCCCCAACAUCCUGCCUCCUGUGUCAGUGUUCGUGUGCUGCAUGAAGGACAAUUACCUAUUCCUGAAAGAGGUGAAGAACCUGGUGGAAAAAACCAACUGUGAGCUGAAGGUCUGCUUCCAGUAUAUGAACCGCGGAGACCGCUGGAUCCAGGAUGAAAUUGAGUUUGGCUACAUCGAGGCCCCCCACAAAGGCUUCCCGGUGGUGCUGGACUCCCCUCGAGAUGGAGAACUGAAGGACUUCCCCAUUAAGCAGCUCCUGGGCCCAGAUUUUGGCUACGUGACCCGGGACCCUCUCUUUGAGACUAUCACCAGCCUCGAUUCCUUCGGGAACCUGGAAGUCAGUCCCCCAGUGACCGUCAAUGGCAAGGCAUACCCCCUUGGCCGGAUCCUCAUCGGGAGCAGUUUUCCUCUGUCUGGCGGCCGGAGGAUGACCAAGGUGGUGCGUGACUUCCUGAAGGCCCAGCAGGUGCAGGCACCCGUCGAGCUCUACUCUGACUGGCUAACUGUUGGCCACGUAGAUGAGUUCAUGACCUUCAUCCCCAUCCCUGGCACAAAGGGAUUUCGAUUGCUCAUGGCCAGCACCUCGGCCUGCUACAAGCUCUUCCGGGAGAAGCAGAAAGAAGGCCAUGGGGAGGCCAUCAUGUUCAAGGGCUUGGGGGGCAUGAGCGGCAAGCGGAUCACCAUCAACAAGAUCCUGUCCAAUGAGAGCCUCAUACAGGAGAACCUGUACUUCCAGCGUUGUCUGGACUGGAACCGUGACAUUCUCAAGAAGGAGCUGGGACUGACUGAGAGGGACAUCAUUGACCUGCCUGCUCUGUUCAAGAUGGAUGACAACCGACAGGCCAGGGCCUUCUUCCCUAACAUGGUGAACAUGAUUGUGCUCAACAAGGACCUGGGCAUCCCCAAGCCUUUCGGACCACAGGUGGAGGAGGAGUGCUGCCUGGAAACACACGUGUGUGGCCUGCUGGAGCCCCUGGGCCUCACCUGCACCUUCAUCGAUGAUAUCUCCGCCUACCACAAAUUUCUGGGGGAAGUUCACUGUGGUACAAAUGUUCACAGGAAGCCCUUCACCUUCAAAUGGUGGCACAUGGUGCCCUGACCAGCAGGGCCCUGGCUCUCCUUCCUUCCUUAGGGUCUCCAGGCCUCUCAGGCCCCCAGGUCCCUCCCCUGCCUGACCCUGACUGGUGGCCACACUGAGAGACCUUCAGGAAGUGGAUGGGAUUUGAGGAACCUGUGCUUUGCUGUCCCUGGGAAGGGCCUCAGUGUCCACUGAAGCCAUCCCCCAUGAGCCCAACUGUCCCUCGCAAAAAUAUCUGGAAAAUUGGCCAGUAUCUGCAGAGCCCUGGCAGGAAAAACAAAACUCAAAAAAAUCAUAUGGUCAGACCAUUCCCUAAGAACUCUUAGUCUCUCUUCCAGAUCAGAAUGAAGGGGAAAAGAAAGGCAGGUCUGGGAUCACUGGCUCCUCCAGCACCACACUGAAGUUCAAGGUAGAACACGUGGCCAGUGACCCCAGAUUGACAUCCCCGGGCCUCCAGUGGCUUCCUCCAGUCAUCCAUUCCUUACCUCCUCCCAGUCGCUCAGGGCUUCCUGUGCACACUGAGUCCCUACUCCCUGAGGGUCCAAUCAUUCAGCUUAGAAACUUCCAGAAACAGAUCUUACCAGAGCAGAGUUCUCCACUCUUUGUAGAUGCAUACUGCCCCCAUGUUCAGGGUUCUCUCCCCAAACCAGCAUCUGUGGGCCAGAGUUCAGUAUAUAAAGAUGCCCCCAGUCAAGGCUAUUCAUCCUCUCUUGCCUGGUCCUCAAUUCUCUGGUCAGUCCCUGGGCCCCUCUUCCCACCACUUCCACCUCUUUCUUAUUUCUGAUCCUGCCCCCCAGCCAGGUUCAGGCCUCCCCAGGACGUGAGAAACAACCUGUCUCUCCUCAGACAUCAGCCCCAAUCCUUAAAGGCACUGGCCCAACCUCUAUCCUCACUGACCAGUUUGGGUCAGCUGCUGCCUCAGAGGUGAAUUCCCCAGAGUGCUUUCAAAAGUCCCUCUAUCUGGUCAUAGCCCAACUCAUUCCCCCAGGCUCAGCUAGAAAAAGCUCCUUUAGGGCCAGGAGCAUAGAGAAUAAUAAUUCCUCUUUGAAAGGUUAAAAUGUCCUGUUUGGCCAGGUGUGGUGGCACAUGCUUUUAGUCCCAGCACUUGGGAGGCAGAGGCAUGCAGAUCUCUGUGAGCUCAAGGCCAGUUUGGUCUACAUAAGGAGUUUCAGGUCAGCCAAAACUCCUAUCUCAACAAACAAAAAGCAAAUGAAAACAAAUCCUGUUUUCCGCUCUUAGGCCAACAGCACCCUGAAGAUCUUCAGUCAUGGGAUCAACAUUUGUUGCAUGCUACAGAAACAGUCACUGUGUUGGGCUUUGAAAACACAAGCUGUCCCUACAGGCAAAACCCACAUUUAAACAGCCAGAAUUUGCCCUUACUGUGAGAGGCUCUUUAAAAAUGCCACCCACUAGAUCCAGGGCACCAGGCAGUGCCCUGGUGAGAAAGGGAUGUGGCUUAUGUAAACAGACCCCUUCUCAUUCAGCUGGGCUUGUACAGCGCCAUCUGUCACAUCAGGCCCCAGAGCCUCAGAAGCUGUUGUCCCCACUCUGGGGACAGUGGUGCCUGCCCUUGAAGGCCAGAGCCCCAAAUCCUGUCUCCCGCCUGAGUGCUGAAAACACUCAGAACUCUCUGAGGGUAUUUGUCAUGUGAGUGUGUUUGGUUAAUGUGGCUUUGUGGCUUGCUUUUAUUUUUAUCUAGUCUACAUUAAGGGGAAGUGAGUGCCUCCCAUAUGGAGACUGCAUGUCUUUGUAGAGUGCCCUAAGACUCUCCCCAGCCUAAGUCAGUCAUUUCUGAAAUUUCUGGAACCCCAGGACUCAGACACUGCACCAACCCAUCUCACUUACCCAUCCAGUAUGACUCCUCUCAGUGUGGACACUCUGCCCCCCAUGGACUCCUCACUCUUCCCUGCCCCCACUUUCUGUAAAGAUAGGCCUAGAACAUGCUUCUGGGUUGCAAAACACAGCAGGGUUCCUGUUUCAAUGUUGCUUUUGAAAUAUUCUGUGAAGGGCGAGGGACUGACAUGAAGACGGCAGGAGCUGGGCAGACUCAACUUCUAGCAAAAGGCCUAAUGGAGAAUGAAAGGUGUUUGGGAAGAGCCAGACUACAGAGCAAUAAAAUGAACUGUCCAAGGGAAA